AUGAUGAAUGGAGCCAACGGCCAUUAUGGCCAGCCAAACCCUUGGCAAGAAUACAAAAGUCCUGAUGGACGCGUUUAUUACUAUAAUUCAAUUACUAAAGCGACACAAUGGACAAAACCAGAAGAUUUGAUGUCACCUGCCGAGCGCGCUUUGGCGAACCAGCCAUGGAAGGAAUAUACCGCCGAAGGUGGGCGCAAGUAUUGGUAUAAUACUGAAACGAAGCAAAGUUCUUGGGAGAUGCCCGAGGUUUAUAGAAAAGCAUUAGGCCAUGAAGCUACACCUUCGACACCCGCGCCGGCUACGCCACAUGCUUCCAAUAACUCAUAUUCGAACUCCAACUACGAUCACUAUCGCGAUCACCGAGAGAGUUUCCCCGAGUCUCGUCAGUUGACACAUGGUAGUGACUUGCGUGUCCAGGCAUUUGUUCCCGCGAGCAACGAACCCGAAUAUGCGACCCCUGAAGAAGCUGAGGCUGCUUUCAUGAAAUUGCUACGCCGGAGCGGUGUGCAGCCCGAUUGGACCUGGGAACAGACUAUGCGGGCUACGAUAAAGGAUCCUCAGUACCGAUCUAUCAAGGAUCCUAAGGAUAGAAAAGCUGCCUUCGAGAAGUACUGCCAAGAUAUGGUUAUUCAAGACAAGGAGCGCGCAAAGGAUAGGUUGACAAAACUUCGUGCUGAUUUUGCUACUAUGCUCAAGAGCCACCCUGAGAUUAAGCAUUAUACACGUUGGAAAACCGCCCGUCCCAUCAUCGAGCGCGAAACAAUCUUCCGCUCAACUAAUGAUGAAGACGAGCGACGUCAGUUGUUCGAGGAUUACAUAGCAGAGCUGAAGAAGACCCACGUGGAGAACCAGGCCGGUGUCAGGAAGAGCGCAAUGGAUGGUCUCAUUGAUCUUCUCCCUAAGCUCAACCUAGAGCCCUACACGCGCUGGUCUGAGGCUCAGAAUAUCCUCAAGGCAACUGCUCCUUUCCAGAAUGAUGAGAAGUACAAAACUCUUACCAACUUUGAUAUCCUGACUGCCUUUCAAAAUCAUAUCAAGUCCUUGGAACGGAGCUUUAAUGAGACUCGACAGAACCAGAGAAAUAAAAAGCUCCGCGUCGAGCGGAAGCGACGAGACGCGUUCACAGACUUGCUUCAGGAGCUUCGUAGAGCUGGUAAGAUCAAGGCCGGAACUAAAUGGAGUCAAAUAUAUCCCCUGAUCGAGAAUGAUGAACGAUUCAAGUCGAUUUGCGGCCAGGCUGGAUCAAGCCCUCUUGAUCUCUUCUGGGAUAUCGUCGAGGAAGAGGAACGAGCCCUCCGCACAACACGUAACGACGUGCUCGAUGUCAUGGAUGACAACCGUUUUGAGUUUACCCCCAAGACCACUUUCGAAGAAUUUUCAUCUGUACUGAAAAAUGAUCGACGUACUGCUAACAUUGAUGGCGAUAUAAUAAUGUUGAUAUUCGAACGGCUUCAGGAAAAGAAGUCCAAACGGUCCGAUGAGGAUAAACACUCUGAGAGACAGCAGAGGAGGGCCAUUGAUGACCUCCGGUCUUACAUUAAGCACGUAGACCCACCAAUUACUGUAGACGAUACUUGGGAAAAGGUUCGACCCCGUCUUGCCCGCGCAGCCGAAUUCCAAGCCGUCAAAUCCGAAGAUGCGCGCCGUGGCGCGUUUGAGAAGGUCCUUCGCCGAGUUCGUGAUCGGGAAGAUGAAGAUAGGGAUCGUCAUAAACGCCGUGAACGGUCUAUUGAUCGUGGUACGUACCGAGAUAGAGAUAGGGGAGAUCGUUCUCACCGUAGUGACCGCGCACGACCGCCACGCCAUAGCCGCAGCCCGGAGCCAGAUGCAUAUGAAGCAGACCGCCGCAAAGCUAUUGCUGAGCGCGAGAAGAAUUAUCGUAAGUCCAGUAUGGCUGAGAGUUUGUUAUCUGACCGUCGGGCGUCGGAUUCUUAUCGAGACCGUGAUGUCCGGGACCGUGAUCGAGACCGUGAACGUGACCGCGACCGCGACCGGGAGCGUGAACGUGAACGGGACCGAGAUAGGGACCGAGACCGGGAUAGGGAAUACCCACCUCGAUCUCGACGUGAUGAUCCACCGAGUCAUUAUGAUAGAGAAAGACGGGAUAGGGAAGAAGAACGAGAGCGGCAGUAUCGGCGUCGCGUUGAGAGAGGCCCCGUCGAAGAACUACCUUAUGGGGAUGAACGUCCGACCUCAUCUCGACGCCGCCGAGCGGAAGACGAUGACCUCGAUCGUCACGAUUCUAGAGACUCCAAGAGACUAAGAAGAGAAAGAACACCCCGUGAGCGUUCCCCCCAUCGUGAACCUCGUCCUAAAACUAGGACACCACCGCCAGCAGUUCAGCCGCCUACCAAAGACGACACUGGUGUGCACUCCGGUAGCGAAGAGGGUGAAAUCGAAGAAGACUAG